AUGGAACGAAUAAAACGACCAUUAGACGACACUGUUCAUGACUAUGAUAAUAACAAAAAACAAAAAUUACUCGUAACAACAAAUAAAUCUCAUUUUGAAAGUUUAGCAAAUGAAAUAAUCUAUGAAAUAUUUGAAUAUCUUGAUGUUUACAACAUUUAUUAUGGAUUCUAUUAUCUUAAUAGUCGAUUUCGAAACUUAAUUAUUAAUUCAAUUUUUCCUUUUCAAGUCAAUUUUCCAACAAUAUCAAAAUCAGAUUUUGAACUUUACCAUGCAAAUGUAAUUAAACCAAAUAAAUAUCGAAUCAAAAUUCUUCGUUUAUCGAAUCCGUUUACAGUUGAUAUUAUUUUGUCACUACCACCUACUAUUUAUAAUGAAAAAAUAGCACCGUUAAAUUUUAAUGGACCUAUACAAAGUUCUAUUGAAUAUCUUACAAUUGAUAGUCAUUUUCCAUAUGAAUCACUUAAUAAACUAUUACUUUGUCUUCCAAAACUUCAUCAUUUAUCAAUUAAUUAUCUUGUUAAAUCAAAUAAUUCAGAGGUUGAUCUUUAUCCAAUUAUACUCAAAGAUUUAAAAUAUGUUUCUUUGGGACUUUAUUCUAUUUACUUUUAUCACUUUUCAAAGUUGGUGAAAAGCUUUUUUCGUUAUGUUGAAGUUUUACGGAUUUCAACAUAUGAAAAUUCAACAUAUUCACAUGCUGAACAAUGGGAAGAAUUAAUUUCUUCUUCAAUGCCAAAUCUACGUAUUUUCGAUAUGCAAAGUAGUUAUGCUAGUGCAUUAGAUGCAUUCCUCUAUGCUUGUUUAAUUGGUGGAUUUCACUCGAAGUUUUGGACUGAAAAACAAUGGUUUUUUGAACAUCGACAUGAUCAUGACGACAGUUCAAGAAGUGGAAUAUUUUUUUCAACAAAUCCAUAUCGAAGAAAAGAUCAUACAUUUCGUUGGCGAUACGAUUAUUACAAUAGUUCACAAUCUCAAAAAGUUGACCGCAAAUCAAUCAAACAUGUUUCUGUUUGUGAUUAUGGCAGAGUAUAUUAUGGCUCGAUGUUAACAGUUCUUGAUCCACUUAUGCCUUUACGACAAGUGAACAAAUUGGUAGUUGAUUGUCAUAAUUUUCCAGUUAAAGAACUUGUGAAUUUAAUAAAUGUCAUGCCUAAUUUACAUAUAUUAAAAUGGAAUUAUCAAUCUAUUGAUUCAACAAAGUCAAAAUUAAUUCAAGAAAGUGAAACUUUUAAAUCUGUAUUAUGUACAAAUAAAAUUCAACAUUUAGAAAUUCUUCAUUGCUGUUCAUUAGAAGAAAUUCGUUUUUUUAUUAAUUUAUUUCCAAAAUUAGAAUAUCUUAAAACUGGUAUAUAUAGAAGAGAAUUCGUUCCAAUUACACGAUGUCUAUUCUCAACAAUGCAUCAUUUAUUUUUCUUGUGCUUUACAGAUGUACCUAAAACAUAUUUAAAAAAUUUAACUGCUUUUAUUAAGUUAGAACACUUACUCGAUGAAUAUUUUAUUAAAUUUAUUGAUCAUGACUUGUAUUUAUGGUGGUAG